AUGUUAGGUCACUUAAAGGGGAGUAUUCGCAGGAUUGCAAGUGCGGCUGUAAAUAACGGUUUACCUCAAACACGUAUUUCGCGGCUAAAUAAUGGUCUUACUGUUGCAUCUGAAGUGCUACCCAAUACAUCUACAGCUACUGUUGGUAUUUUUAUAGAUACUGGUUCAAGAGCUGAAAACGAGAAAAACAAUGGUACUGCCCAUUUCUUAGAACAUUUGGCAUUCAAGGGAACGAAGAAUAGGUCACAAGUAGGGAUUGAAUUAGAAAUCGAGAACAUGGGAUCACAUUUAAAUGCAUAUACAUCCAGAGAAAAUACUGUCUAUUACGCUAAAUCGCUUAAAGAAGACAUUCCCAAGGCUAUUGAUAUGUUAAGUGAUAUUUUAACUCGCUCUGUCUUAGAUCCUCAAGCAAUCGAAAGAGAGCGUGAUGUGAUUAUAAGGGAAUCCGAAGAGGUUGACAAGAUGUACGAUGAAGUCGUAUUUGACCACCUUCACGCCAUUACUUAUAAAGGACAGCCUUUGGGAAGGACUAUUCUGGGCCCUAUUGAAAAUAUCAAGUCGAUAAAGAGGGAUGAUUUGCAAGACUACAUUUCAACGCAUUAUACGGGAGAUAGAAUGGCUCUUGUGGGUGCAGGUGCUGUUGAUCACGAUAGUUUAGUGAAGUAUGCAGAGACAUACUUUGGUCAUAUCCGUAAGUCAAAAGCUCCAGUACCUUUGGGUAUGCCUCGGGGACCACUACCAGUUUUUUAUGGUGGUGAGUUGAAGAUACAGGACGAUAAUUUGCCUACUACUCAUGUUGUGAUGGCUGUAGAAGGUGUUUCAUGGGCGGCUCCAGACUACUUCACAGCAUUAUGUACUCAGGCUAUUGUUGGUAAUUGGGAUAGAGCGUUUGGUACUGGUACAAAUUCUCCGUCUCCGUUGGCUGCCGCUGCAUCAGAGAACGGUACCCUUGCUAACUCAUAUAUGUCUUAUUCUACAUCUUAUGCAGAUUCUGGCUUAUGGGGUAUGUAUAUUGUGACUGAAUCCAGGAAGCAUAAUGUAAAACUAAUAAUAGAUCAAAUACUGCAGGAGUGGUCUCGUAUUAAAUCAGGGAAGAUUACUGACAGUGAAGUUGAGAGAGCCAAGGCGCAACUCAAAGCGUCUCUACUCCUCUCUCUUGAUGGUUCUACGGCGAUUGUAGAGGAUAUUGGUAGGCAGAUCGUUACAACUGGUAAACGGUUAUCUCCGGAAGAGGUAUUUGAAAAAGUUGACAAAAUCCAAAAGGAAGAUAUAAUAAUUUGGGCUAAUUACAGGUUAAAAGAUAAACCAUUAUCUAUUGUAUCUCUGGGGAAUACUACCACUGUGCCUUCUUUGAAUUAUAUUCAAAAAACUUUAAAUAAAUCCUAA